AUGCCUGAUCCGUCGGCCCCCGCCCGGUUCGCCGACUUCCUGGACCUCCCUCCGCCGCGGGUGCUGCAGAGGGCAUACAUCGGCGUCCGGCAACGCACGUGUGGGGCAUGGGUGGCAGAGAUCACUUAUUGGGAGGCCCACACGAGGAAGUGGGUCGGGUCGUUCCCCAUGGCGAAGCUUGCAGCGAUGGAAUACGACCGGUGGCAAGUCCAAUUCCAUGGCGCUGCCGCGAGGCUCAACUUCCCGUUUGGGACGGUGUCAGUCCACCUCGUCCCACUGGCGUCGGGUAUGCACCCCGAGCUCGUGGAGACGGAGAGGGCGAUAUUCGCCGACAGUGGCGGAAAGGUCAUCGUCGUCUCUGACGACAAGGUGCAAGGCGGCGAGGAGGAGCAGGAGUUCGACCUCGAGGAGUGGCAGCGCAUCUUCCCCGGCUGCGACGACGACGGCACCAGCACGAACCCAUGUCACCAGCGGUGGCCUGUUGAGGAAAGAUUGGCUCGACCUCCACUAUGGCCGACGAGUGGUCUAGUGUAG